UCAUCUCAAAACAAAGUUAACCUUAACGUGCUGGACAACGCGACAAUUUGCUGUACUUGGACGAUUUUCUCCCGAUUAGCUUGUUCCGGAUGUUCGCUCAUACUCCGCCCCAAUCCUCAGCGGCCAUCAAAACGAAGGUGAUGAAUCAUCAAGUCGCUGUGACAAGUUCCGGAUCAUCGUGUGUUUAAUUUAUCACCGGAGCCGCAAGCAAUCGUGUACGAUUAACAGAUGAUGGAAUCCGUCGUGAAGGUUUUACUAUCAUGUAAUGACACAGAUAAAUCAAUACAAGUAUCAAAGCAAUGUAGUUAUCAUGAAUUUAGGAAAAAAGUCCACCUGGAAUUCCCAUUUUUACCCAAUGAUUUUAGUAUUUCUGACAGUGAUUUUGUUGAAGUCACUGAUGAAAGUUUUGAAGAGAUCAAGCAAAGUAGACUAGAAACAUGGUGUAUGGUUCGUAGUUCAAAUAAAGAAGCUUGUAAACUUGACAAACCUCGCUAUGAGUUACUGCGUUAUGAUGUACAUCCAAAUGCUUUGACACAGAGUGGGAAUUAUCACUUUAGCUCUGGUUAUCAAGCAUUCUGUGAGUUUGUUGAUAACAGUAUCCAAGCAACAGCUACAAACCAUGAAAAAAACUUACCAAGAACAAUAGAUCUUCAUAUAUUUUUAAAAGAGAAACUUGCAGCUGUAUUUGAUAAUGGUGAAGGAAUGACAUAUGAUGGCUUAAAGGCCUUUGCUACCUAUUUCUUGUCACAAGCUGACAGAGGGCUGGAGAGGUCAGAGUUGGACCAAAUACCUGCUUAUCUUGAUGGCUUUAUUUCAAAAUUUGGCGUUGGUGCCACUCAAGCUGGUUUUUAUCUUGGCGACAGAAUCAAAGUUGUAACAAAACGAGACGACUGCCCUUAUGUGACAGAAAUUACAAUUUCCAAAGAAAAACUUCACAAAAGAGCAGAUGAGGGAAAGCCUGUGUUUGAAGACUAUCGAUGUAUCAGAAAUCCUGGAGAUUUGAGUACAUUAGAGACACCUGAAGAACGGAAAUGCCUGAAAGAACUGAUUGAAAAUGAAUGCAAGUAUAAACAGUUUACAUGUGUAGUGAUCACAGGACUUAAAGAAAGUCACAUUGACUACAUGAGACAGGAUUCAGGUCAUCUGUUAACACGUAGUCUUGCUCAUGUCUAUCACUUCUAUCUGUGGGGGGACCAGGGGUGUUCUGGAAACAUGCGACUGGCUUCACCCUCUAGAUUAGCAAUGGACUUGGGAAACUUUCAGAAGGUUGACUUACAAGUGUCCAUAACUGGUGGUCGUAAUUCAACAGAUAGUAUCAACUUACGUGAAAUCACUGAUGAUCCAGAGACUAGGUACCAGACCUUUGCCAAGGAUUGGUUUCCAUUUGCUCUUACUUUAAAAGUUCCAGGCCUCAACUUGCCACAGACUGUACAGGGUGUUCUCAUGUACUAUCCACAUGAAGCUGGACAAGAAACCAUCCCUCGAGAUAGUGAUGAUGACGAUGCUGAGCCAGUGUUUGAGUGUUUUUGGCAAGGACGGCUUGCUCCUCUUUCCUAUGUCCAUAGACUAUCAUUCUGUACACCUGCUGGUCAGCGUACCAAGAAACAAAAAGAUAUACUUCCUGAUAUAUGCUACAGACGAUUAAAAGGAAUCCUGUUCUUCAAUCGUCACACACCAAUAUCGAACAAUAARCUCAAAAUACUGCUGGAUGAACGGAAAGACCUUUCAAGUGCUUUAGAAGAUGCUACUGCUGAACGUAGACUUCCACAGGAGUUUCGUUCAUGGCUUGAGAAAUGUCACAGAGAAUUGGACAAAGAAGUGAGUUUUGAAGAUCUGCUACCAAGUCAGCCCCGUGGGGUGGGGGGUGAUAUGUUUUAUAAGAGCAUUAGAGUGAUUACUAGUAAUGGAGAACAAGUCUACAGCCAGGGAGAYAUCGUCAAACUAGACACCAAACCAUUUAUUUAUGGACGUGUUUUGUACUUUGUUCAAACGAACAAGAAAAAUGAUAUGGAUAAAGUGGUUGUUGUCCGGCAACCAGAAGAGGUUUAUCAAAAUCAACAAGAAGAAAAGCCCAUAUCCAGAAUUAUUGACAUGCCAGACACCAACACACUUAAGAAGAUCUUUAAUGCUGAGAGRCAGAUGCUGCCAAAAACUCUCAAGAUAUUCAAAGACGUACAGGGUGAUGAGCUAAGCAGUAAGCUGACUUGGUUGGCUGGUGAGAGUCGUAGAGACUACUCAGGUUUUUGGAUCAAAGUGUUCAAUGGCGAACGGCCACCAAAACCAUUAGUCGCUGUACACUCCAAGAAACUCACCAUCAAACAGGUCGUGGAAGGUCCUGAGAGAGUUGCACCGAUACAGAACGAUUCUCCAAUCGAAGGCGAGCGAUAUGGAUUCAAACCCUUCUGGCUUGGUAAAGCAGGCAUCUAUGUCCUUAAGUAUAUUGCUAUGCUUGGAACUCGAGAAAUGUGUUCAGCAAAGAUCGACAUCGAGGUUAAAGCGAAUCUUGGAACAUUUGUUCGCCUUGAUGAGCCCUCAGAAUCUGAGAUACCAGCUUUAUCACUCGGCGAGGCAUUGCUGAAAUUCAAGCUUCAUUUUCAAGACAAGUGGGCAAACCCUACAACGUUAUUUCCCGGAGGCGACACCAUUAAACUAGAAGUGACGUCACCUAACCUUGAGAUUCGUGGARUAAAGCAAAGCUAUAAGGCUAACCGUGACGGUGAUGUGGAGGUCAGCGGUCUUACCAUGGAGCCUAAGGGAAGUGGGAAGUCCCAUAUUGGCCGUGAGCAAUGUAUCAAGGUCAACGCGAUUGACAUUGGAUACGUUAAAUUCCCAAUACGACUCARAGCAGGUCCACCACAUACACUCAAACUUCCAUCCUUUGAGACACUUGAUGUUCAGAACUACGACGAAUUUCCCGAAUUCACAAUUCAAGUGGUUGAUAAGUGGGGYCAGGCUUGUGUUUCAUCAGACAGGAAAACCAAAUUACACGCAGAAUGUGAUGCUUUCAAGGGGGGUCCGUACCUUUCUGCUAUUGAUCAGGGGCAAGCAUCAUUUGGACCAAUGAGAAUCAAGGUUGCAGCUGGUCAAGCUCCUUGUUCAAAGAAGGUCAAAAUCUCACUAGUCAACGUCGAGUACGUCAGACGAAAGCAAAUYAUCCAAGAAACACUMAAAGAAUUGAGUAACUUUACAAUCAAAGUCCUUCCUAGUGGACUUCCACAUCGAAUACAGAUCUGUCAUAAGACCGACGAGGAGACAAACGGAAUGACUGCCAAUGGGAGCGACAAAGAUAGUAAUAGAGAAUGUCUAGAACUSUCUGCUCCUGCGGGCUCCAUAUUGAAAGGACUCUAUUUAGAGGCGUUUGAUGAGAGUGAAAGAUGUUUGUCAGUAACUGAAUUAAGGAAUGCUGAACCAAGGAUUCAGACUAGUUGGAGUGGAGAGGUUCCUUUCAGAAAUCUUCCUGCUUUACCCGAUUGCCCGGUGGCACAACUCGUUCCCAGUACCUUUUUAGGCAACGUCACGUGUACAUGUAAUGACGUCAUGUGUCAAACACAGAUUCGUAUUCGACCUGAGGAAGGAGAGCCGCAGAAAUGGAUAUUUACAUCAAAGGGAAGUAUUGACAUUGAAUGCGAUGCUAAAAAACAGCUGUCAUCCAAGAUUACCAUCCAAGUACGAGACGCGUUUGGUAACCCAGCCGAAUGUCCACCAGAAAUAGUACCCAUCAUAUCGCUAGCUUACACCAGACAGAACGCAGACACAGUCAGUUACCAGGGUGAUAUGAUAUACAACAAGCAAAACAAGGAGUUUCGGUUCACUAAUGACUCUACGAUAUCCGGUACACCGGGUAUAUUAACUAUGACGGUAUCUGACGAACACGGCAAGUUCUCCAAGGAUACGCAGGAGAUUCAGCUAAAACCCGGCCCCCCUCAUCAUCUCGAGAUAUGGAGUCAAGCCUUUGAAUCUACUGACCAGAACCAGGAACAGUCUUUACGAGCCGUGUCAGGAUGCUGCCUUACCAGUCCYAUUCAAGUGUGCGUCUGCGAUCGAGCUGGUAACAGAACMCCCCUGAAAACGACUUUUGGUAUUAACUGGCUGCCUGGUUCGUCSGGUUGUACUGUCAGUAAAAAGACCAGUUUAAAGGGGGAGGCAAUUUUUGUUGCUAAUGCAAUCCAGUGUACUGCGAAGCCAGACCAGCAUGUCAAAAUGAAGAUAUCAAGCACCGAACAUAAAGGAAUCCAGCCCGCAGUAGUUAAUGUCAGCGUGGAAUCCAGUAAUCGCGUGACUGGUCUCAUUGUCAGGAAGGACGAAACCGAGCUACUUUCAACAUCGAACUUUCCUGUUCUUAAGAUCGAAUGUAAGACUGAGGAUGGUGUUCGAGUUGACGCUGUAGGUCACUUAAGCCUUGGCCUGUCCCCCCCUGAUGGCGAUAUCAUACCAGGCUCAGUCGUGUAUCGUAAACCUACACAGAAUAGAGAAGGAGUUGUAACGUACACCCCCCUGGCUAAUAAAUGCAUGGAGCAGGCAGGAAACUGGAGCAUYACGUGUCAGUUUACCGAGUACAGAGAAAGACUCAAAUCGAUUCUYGUUCGUACAGAACACGUGACAUUCAGCUCKCCAUUGAAGUUCACCGUUCUCCCAGGUCCAGCCAAGUCAAUUGUCGUCAAGUACCUAUCAGAGACUGCAGGCAUGUUAACUGCGUCUAGUACCGCUGACACACGUGGACGAACUAUUCUCCCUCGCUCAGGAAAAAAUGAGGCAGUGGAUAUCAAAGUCUUAGAUGAGCACGGUAACACAGCYAACGCAUCGGUAGUUGUAGACGUAUCUAUCUUGUGGUCGUCGGGUCCUAUACCAGAAGGUGUAGUUAUACCCACCUUAGAAGAUCACCCUAUGAAAAUCACCGUAGAUCACGGAAAAUCACGGAUACCCCGGUUGGUGUUAAAGYCCCGUAUUGGAAACUACAUCGGAGAGUAUCUGCUGGUAUUCUCUGCUCUGGGUUUGGAACCAUUUACUAUCAAGUUUGCAUUCAACACAGAUGAACAUAUGCAGAGAUUGCAAGCAGAAUUGGCUCCCUUGAAGAAAAGGGUCACCGACAAGGAAAUAGAAAGUCACGAGGCAAAGAAAAAACUCUCUAAAUGUAAACUAGAAUUAAACAGUAAAGCGGCGCCGAUAAGAAGUCUUUUUAAAGGCGAACUAAGGUCGGCUGAAGUUCGCGCGCUAAUCCAAGAAACUAAACAAAAAAUAACAGUGAUUGACAACGGUGAGAGAAAUGUCAGACAAUCUACUGUGCAACGGGGAUUUCCUCCUGAUAGGAUACGGCAGUACAUAAAAGGUGUAGUAGCCGAGCUAGCUUACGUAUCAGAUCCUGACAUUGCUCGCCUUCUAUCUUGGUACCUUCAAUCUAAGAUGGGAGUUUGCUUGACAACGUCUAUCGACAAACAAAAAAAAGUUUACGAUCUUGGCUUCUCUGCUUAUUGUGAGUCAACUAUUCUACCCUUCUCCAAGAAAGACUUUGACGGYCGGGACGGCAAGAAUCUUCCUCUAGAGUUCCCACGACCGCCCAACAACUUCAAAAGCACGAUCCAGUUCGCCAUCAACCUGCUGGAGUUCUCGUCUAGUAAUGGAUAUCUGAGAAGUACACUGUACUGGUCAUUACUCUCUAAAACUAUGGUAAUAGAAAACCUUGAAUCUGCACAGAUCUACCGUCAACACUUGGUACAAAUGCGCUAUCCUUGCCCCACCAUACUAACACGUGAUGGGCACGUGAUCGCCAGCGAUGGACUCAUGGACCCCAAGCGUCGAUGUCCCAGGAGUCUUAGCGAUUUGAAAUUUACAUUUGGUGCACUUCCACCUUCUGAACUUCCGGUGAACAGAGAGCUGCAGACUACACUUGUUCACUUAGAGGACUUGAAUACCAGUGUAGAAGAAUAUGAAAAAACACUGGAAACCGUGAAGAGAAAAGAAGAUGAGCUUAAAGAACAAAGAAAUUUACUGUCGCCAACAAUAACAAACCUAGAGAGAGAACUGCGCAAACUCCGAACACCACCUUCCCAGAGAGAYACUGCGGACUCACCUUCAGAUAAGCGUAAGCGUAGGUAAAGUAGUAUGAUUGGUUAUAAUGGUCACGUGAUGAAGUGAUGUCAUGUAGAUGUUAUCCAAUCAGCAGUUCGWUAGUCACGUGAUAAUAUUGAUAGCCCUGAUUUAUCGCUAUUGAAAGUUAAGCGUGUUAUUGCAGUAGCGCAUUGAGGCCCCUUUAUUUUUAUUUAUUUAUUUAUUUAUUAUUAUUUUUAACAUUUAUGAUUACCGAUCCGAAUUCAAAAUUAGCCUCAUUUGGUUUUCUCGACUUUCCUUAUCGUGUGCAGUAGAACUGAACGGUUACCUUAAAAAGCAGUUUCAGUUCUCUUGAAUUUAAUUGGAUAAAAUCAAUGAUUCGCCGGUCGAUUAGACAAUCAACUAAAGCAUAGAUUGAUUAUAUGAUUGAUUGGUUUUAUAGUUCUAGUUAUUAUAGUUAUUUUGAUUUAGAUUCAUUGCCUUAUUUUUAAUGUAAUUUAUAGCAAAAAAGUAUUUAUAGAAAGCUGCAAUUUAGUGAAGCUUUAUUCGCAAGUUUUAUCACACAAAAAGCGUGAAAAAGUACUGAUGAAUAAUGAAAACUUGCACAAUACAGUGUAGAUUAGUCAAUAGACAACAAAAGAAUUCUUAUGAACAGUACGAUUUAGCACUAUUUAAUUACCUUGAAUUGUUCAUGGUGUUGAUAGUGCUAAUUAUGGUAAUUCUAUUGUUCUAUUGUUUUGUAUUUUUCAUUAAGAGUAGAAGCAUUACUGAAUAUUGUUCCUCAGGCAAUAGAGUGCAAGCAAUAUGUCCGUAGAAUAUUAGCAACAGUCUAUUGUAUGUGAUUUUUGUUUUCGUUUAUUUUGCACAAUUUAGGAAUUGGUGUUUCCACAGUUAGAAUGAUCUAAAAAAAACCGUGAAAUAGAUAUUGCACUAUACACCUUUUAAGGUGUUAAAAUUCACUCUAGUUGCAUUGUUUUCUUUUGUGUCUAUUUGAAUAUUACACUCUAAUUUUGUUUCACGGGUUUGGUGAGUGUUGUUAGCAUUMUCGGAAACAGAGGAAUAAUUSAGUACCUAUUUUGUGUUUUUUAAGUUUCGCGGAUUAUAGUUAGUAAACUAUUAGUAGCAGAACUUCUUUUGAUUGCUUCUUACAAUCAGUUAGUGUUUCACGGGCUAGAACCAGUACAGUACUACUAAAUAGUUCUAUCAGUGAAGUCAAAGAACCCGUUAAAUARAUAUUACAUCAAUACACCUUACGUACGCUUUUAGUGCAUUGUUCUAUUUUCUAUCUAUUUGACUCUCGCAUUUUAAUMGUCAAAUCUUGUUUCACGGGUUUAUUGACUUCAAUCUACACAUAAUGAAUAGACUUAUUGAUAAUCGCCUAUAGAUUUGAAAAUAAACAAUUUGAAAGCUACAUUUAUUAGCCAUCAGUUCGAAAACGUUCGAAAAUUAUCUUUUAAAAUAAAUGUAGUCUUCAAAUUUUAAGUUUAAAUAUAAAUAGACUGAUCCAUUUAUAACAUCGUAAUAAUAAUAAUAUCUAAUAAUAAUCUCUAAUUAUAUAUCUUUUAAUAUGUACGUGAGACAUUCUUUACACGGAACUGUUUUCUCGGUUUUAAGACAGUUUUUGCUCUUCAGAAGGAAAAACCGAAAACGGUUCCAAUCAUAUCAAUACAUUCGUAAUAAUCGAGUCCAUUUAGUUUCCAUGUUUUCUUUCCAUUAAAAACCAAGUAGAUUGGGUCUUCACCUCUCUCGACACGAAUAGUCUCGUUCACGGUUACCUGCGCCAGUUUGAAAGUUAGCAGUGYCUUUACGUCGAAGCGAGACAACUGUGCAAUGAUAGAUUCUACCUGUAAAUAAUUGUCUUUAGGUUUGAAAGAAGGUUUCUAUGAUUACACGCUCAACGGUUGUCUCGCUUCGAUGUAAAGGUACUGCUACCUUUCAAGAUGGCGCAGGGAACCAUGCAGGAGACUAUUCUCUGAUUGGCUGYGUCGUUCUGAAAGGAACAGUGAAACUUUUUGUCUUUUGUUUCCUUCYUUUGUUUUGAACAGGGCUAUUGGGUUCAAUUUUCCGAGAGGUGAAAGCACAUCCAUUUCUUUUUUAAAGAACACUUUUUGGCAUCCAGAAACCAGCUAAAAUGGACAAAUUUCCUUUGAAGCUGACGGGAUGCAGAAAAGGACUAUCCAACAGAAUCUUUGUUCGUGUUACAUUUAUUUAAAAAAGUGUUGUUGAGUUAAAUGUCACAAAGAAUGGGAAGUCAUGGAAUGUCACGCAUUUUUUUUUUCUGGAGAAUGCGUGACUUUUCCUGCGUCACGCAAGACUCUACAUCGAGUUGUAACAAUUGAAUGAUUCUUAUAAUAUUUUGAGAUUUGUGUAAUAUUUACAUCAUUUUAAUAAUAUUUGUCGCUUGUAAUAAUUUCUUAUAGAAAAUUUUGUACAUUUGUAAGUACAAGAAUUAUAGUUUAACAGAAGAUCGUAUUUGUAAAAUAAUAUUUAUGACUUGCCAAAUAAAUCAAGUAUUAGUUUUACUUUACA